AUGGAAAGCAGAGCACCGCGCGUGGGACAUAGGAAGUCGCGUAAGGGUUGCGCGCAGUGCAAGCGUCGGCACGUGAAGUGCAACGAGCAAAGUCCUUGUUCGAAUUGUGUUCGGCAUGGAGUGUUGUGCUCGCUGGCUGGGGGCCCGAAUGUGCAGAGGGAAGAUGCGAAGUCUCGGAGCAAGUCGACUACCUCGAACUCACCGACGCAUACCUCCAGGACGGCUUCGGUGGAGACCUCCGUGAUCAGUGGGAAUGCUUCGAGCUCGGCGGCGGAAGUUCUUUCGGCAGGCAGUCCUUUCACGGUUCUCACUGGAUCGAUUGAUCGGUCUCUCCCAGGACAGGACCAGAAUUGGCAAUUUGAUCUUCGGCUCAUGCAUCACUACACGACACACGCGCAAGAUGUUUUGACAGAGCGAUCGAAUCUGGAAUUCAUCGUGCGGAUAUGGAAAGAAGAGCUGGCAAAGGUGGCUUUUACUUGCGACUAUGUUAUGCACGCCCUGCUAGGUUUCACAGCCCUUCAUGAGGCGCAUCUGGAGCCAGAGAAUGCGGCCAUGCUACAGACCAGCGCUGUUGACCACAUGGAUAAGGCACUGGUGCUGUGUCGCAGAGAGAGUGGAGGCUCUGGAUCUGAGAAUGCCAAUGCCAAGUUCAUAUUUGCUUGGCUAGUCGCAUUGUUCGCCUAUGCCAUACCGCCGAGUGUGCCGCCUCUUGAGGCAGUGGUGGAGCUCUUUUCGCUCGUGAAGGGCAUCGAUGCGGUUCUUGCGGAGACGUGGUACUAUGUGGCUCAAGGACCAUUCGCACCCAUCCUGACAAGAGGGUUCCAAGAAGCACUGCGCGGGCAGCAUUCAGGGAUGACCAGCACCCAUUCCAUGCCCAAGAAUAUGGACUUUGGCAUCAACCAUCUCGACUUCAUGCUCGGCACAGAACCUAUGCUUUCCGAAGACAGAAGAGUCUGUGUCCUGAUCCUAGCCGAACUGAAGACAAUCUACGACGCCGUCCGCAACAACAACAACCAGCCAGGAGGGUCGUGCAGCGUUGCUUCGAUCCUCUGCUUCCCCAAGCAAGACUCGACUCCAUUCGCAAGUCUCAUAAAACGACGGGUGCCUCAGGCCUUGAUCAUUCUCGGCUAUUACUGUGUGCUAUUAGACGUUCUGAACGACAGAUGGUGGAUUCAGGGUUGGGCAGAGAGUGUUCUGACCGACGUGGUGGCUUCGCUCGACGAGUCGUGGAAGCAUUGGGUUGACUGGCCUUGUGCUAGCGUGCUGUGGAAGAAUGGCGGACCUCCGGAUCCCACGGCUAUGCUUGUCGGCUGA